AUGCAGCUGGAGAUUGGAAUCGACGCGCUAUCUGACAAUUUCGGGCCUCAGACCUUGUCCGCCCUGGACGCACGAAGCGGGAUCGGCGAUUCUGAUUGUGACGACCUAGUCCAGAUUGUGCAGUAUGCAUUUUACUGCAAAGGGUACGACACUGGUGGUAAUAGACGGCAACCGGGGCGACGAGACGACCAGGGCUGCAACACAGACGUGUGUGAACGCCAGCAUUGGAAGGGAACUGAUGUCAAGACCCUCAAGCCCAAGGUGCUCAAAGCCCUUUUAGCAUGGACGCUCACACGUUUCUCCCUGGAGGUUAACGAGGUCACACGAAAGUUUCAAAGUUGGCUGAACAGCCGCUACCUUGCAAUUGAGAACUUCUGCAUCAUUCCUGUAGAUGGUCCUUUCUCUCGAGAAGGGCAGAAGGCCUUAUACCUCGCCAUCCAGUCCGAGAUGAGACUCAAUGACGAUCACGCGACAGGGUCAUUCGGAUCGCUCAUCGAAACAUUUAUUCGGAGCCAUUCCUUAGGUGUCGGCGUAUCUCGCCCUCUAGCGCAGAUCUUGACUGGAGCCAUGAUCUGCCAGUGUGUCAAGACAGCUGUAGGAGGCGACUUAUUUCAAUUUGCAGAUCGAUUUGACUAG